CACAGCUCGACCUCCGCUCCGCACCUACCCUCAUCACAAUACAAUACAUGGAAACACUCGCGACAAAUGGCGUCAGCUCCUCGUCUUCGAAAUCCGCCCCCGCCAGACCCGCACAAAGGCACGGAAAUGGAGUCUCCCAGCGAUAAUACACCCCUUGUUCGCAAGUCAGGACGUCCGGUUCUGCUCUCAUUCGAUGAGAUGCCGGAAUGGUUUCGAGUCGAGUCCAACAAAUGGAUUCUCCGUGGCUACCGGCCCAUCUCAGGCUCGAUUCAAGUCUCAUUCAACAGUUGGACGUACCUCCACAACGAGUCAGCCAACAUCUACUCUCACCUACUUCCUGCUGUCUUCUUUCUGCUUGGCGAAUGGUAUAUCCAGCAGUAUCUGACCAACAGAUACUCACUUGUCACCGGAGCCGAUUUCAUUGCUUUCUCCAUUUUCAUGUUGGCAGCCGUGACGUGCCUGUCAUUGUCGGCAACAUAUCAUACGUUGUUGAACCACUCCCAGCACGUGGAGCAUUUCUGCCUGCGACUGGACAUGCUUGGUGUAGUCAUCUUCAUACUUGGCGACCUUAUCUUGGGAAUCUAUGUGGUUUUCUGGUGUGAACCCGUGCCACGCAAUAUCUACUGGUCUAUGAUUGCGCUUUUCGGAUCGUUGACUAUCUUCAUGACCAUGCACCCGAAGUUCCAAGGCGCCAAGUAUCGCUUUUUCCGAGCGAUGAUGUUCGUGGCGACUGGCUUAUGUGGUGUUGCACCUCUGAUACAUGGGAUAAAUGUAUUCGGCAUGACACAGAUGAUGAGAAAGGCUUUUCCCUAUACCAUGGCCAAAGCAGGUUGCCUUCUGUCCGGAACUGGUUUUUACGCAACCAGGUUUCCUGAAAGCUCAUACCCAGGCAAAUUCGACUUAUGGGGUUCUCACACGAUUUUCCAUGUGCUGGUGGUAUGCGCCGCUGUGGUCCAGUUGAUGGGAUAUUUGGAUGCCUACGAAUAUGCUCAGACAACUCUUACUUGCUCAUCUUCAUAGACUAUGUAUAUACAAGCUGAGAAUGGAGUUCGCGGCCUCCAGAUAGAGCUUCACAAUGCUAGAUAUACUCUCAC